GUGAUUUACAUUUUCCAACACUAAAGUCGUCGUAAGCCAAAUAUUGCUUUCUCCGUUACAAAUUGUUAAACAUCAAUUGGAACGUGUCCCUUUUGUUUUUUUUAUUUUAUUUGUGAUGUUGCCCAAGACCCCUAAGCCAGCUAUUUGGAGAUUUAUCAAAGGAAGCGCCAAAACCCUUUUUGUAUUGGAAGCAGUUUGUUUUGCUGCCAGCUACGCCGUCUAUUAUCGCAUGAACACAAAUCGAGAAUUCAGACAGCACAUCAACGAGAAUUAUCCAUUUGUUCUAGACUACUACUACAAAAUUGGUGAAAUCGUUGGCGAUAACAGAGCCCGUCAAGCGGAUGCCACUUACUGGAACUCCCUCAAGAAAAGCGAUUAAUAUUCCACCACACAAAAAACAACCAUGUUCAGCAAUCCGUACGUAAAGUCCCUUUUAUGGCUAGUUUCCUUUGGAGGCCUUGGUUACGGUUUAAUGCAAUUAACUGAGCCAAAUGCAGAGAAAA